CAAGAUUCUCUGGUGAUCUCAGCCUUAGGGAGUUUGUUGCUCAACAUUUGGUCGCUCGUGAGGUGCAACAACCACGGCAACAACUGACAAAAUGAAGAUGGCAGACGGCUCAACAAUCUUAAGAAGAAAUAGGCCAGGAACAAAGGCAAAGGAUUUCAGCCGAUGGCCGGACGAGCCGUUCGAAGAGAUGGACAGCACUCUAGCUGUCCAGCAAUAUAUACAACAAAUGAUAAGACGGGACCCAGAGAAUAUAGACUGGAUAUUAAGCAUGCCAGAUGCCCAGGAUGAAGGAGUCUGGAAAUACGAGCACUUGCGUCAAUUCUGUAUGGAAUUGAAUGGUUUGGCGGUAAGACUGCAGGAGGAAUGUCAUCCUGAUACUUGCACCCAAAUGACAGCGACCGAACAGUGGAUAUUUCUUUGUGCUGCUCACAAAACACCAAAAGAAUGUCCUGCUAUUGAUUACACAAGACACACCCUUGAUGGAGCAGCUUGUUUGUUAAACAGCAACAAGUACUUCCCUAGCAGAGUCAGCAUCAAAGAAUCCUCAGUUGCUAAACUGGGGUCGGUAUGUCGCAGAGUUUACAGAAUUUUUUCUCACGCUUAUUUCCAUCACCGAACGAUAUUCGACGAGUUUGAGAGUGAGACUUUUCUCUGUCGCAGAUUUACAACAUUCGUAACAAAGUAUAACCUGAUGUCUACGGACAAUCUCAUAGUACCGAUAUUAGAGGAGACAGCAGCAACUGAGAGCGACGCAUAAAAAUAUAUUUAAAGUUUGAAUCUCCCAAGAGAAUGUUUCUAUGAGAGAGCGUUGCUGUGAAAGAAAAAAAUCAAAUAUCGGACGUUGUCUCGGGCGUAGAACUGUGAAACGAGAGAAUUACGAAUGCGAAUUCAUGCGCGAAAGUGUGAAAAUAUAACGAUGAGGAUAGAAAAUUUUUUUUAAAUCCAAAUUUUCUGUAAAACUUAAUGGUCGAGUGAAUUUUUUACAAAAAAAAAAACAUACGAAGGAAGAAAACAACAGACAAAUAUUCACUUUUGUAUACUUAAGAAUGACGAAUCGCAAAAGGGAAAAAUGAGAACGAAAACGUCUCGCUUUACGUAAAUUACCAACUGUAUUCGUAAAAUGCCGAAAAAAAAGUUAGAAAUAAACAAAAGAUUAGAUAUCGAUUCAUUUGUAAAAAAAAAAAUCACGAUUUCCGAGCACGUUCUAUGCGUAUUAUUAUUAUAAAUAUAUAUAAAUAUAUAUUAAUUUAUAAAUAAUUUAGUUCGUAGAUUCGUAUGAGAUACUAUAAAUAUACUUUGCCUUUGCAUUUAUUUUGACGUUUUUCGACGAGAAAACAGAUCUUCGGCAACAAUAAUAUUUCACUUUAGUUCGCUGAAUUAGUAGAUCAAAGAACGAAUUUUCUAUACUUUUUAUUUUCGAGCAAAACGAAUCUGUAUUGAAAAAAAUCAAUUUUGUUUUUCCAUCGUGAAGGAACGUUGAGUCAGAUUUACCGAAGAUUCAACGGAAAAAGGCUCGUUUUUUUGUUUUCGACAAUCCUUUAGUGAAAUUUUGUAGCCGGAAAAAUUGAAGAUAAUAAUAAUAAUUGUAAUUAUCUCGUAGAGAGAAAUAGAAUUGUCGCGUGGAUGAAAAAAAUGAGAAAAUGGAAAAAAGAGAGUGAACGGAAGAGGAAAAAUGUUGUAAACCUUCAGAAUAACCUCAGUGAUAGUAAAUAAAUGUUGUAGCUCCGUUA